AGUGUAAACUCACGUUCCGGAUAUGUCGAGUCUCGUCCUUCACCAUUGUGGGUUCAGCCGAACUCAUGGUGUGUAUGCAGAAAUAAAGCCUAUUUGUGCCCAAAAUAAACAAUAAUUGUUAAUUUGAAACAUCUAUUCCUUCAUUUUUGCGUAAUCUCCGAUGCCGAAACUUAUCGAUUGGCGGGCCAAAUUGUGCAUGAGUCUUAGAAUAAAAGUAAUGUGACGAACGUCUAAUCAUCUUUAAAAUGAAAUUCCUGCUGUUGUUGGUACUUUGGAUUUUCUUGAAGUCAAAAUAUUCUUUCAAUUGUCUCGCUACGAAUGAAAAAUUAAAGUGUACACGCCAAACUUUGAAAAUUUCAAGGAAAAGUAAUAGUGAUUAUACUUCUAACUUGAAAUAUGAAGACAUUGAUGAUAUUUUGAUAUAUUGUGAAUAUAGUAAUAUAUUUAAAGCAAUUUACGAAAGUGCUCAAAAUCGAUUUCAACUUAUUUGUUUACAAGAUACAAGAAAAAAUAAUUAUUCUGCACAGAAUAUUAUUGAAGAUAUUACAUCUUCUAUACACAAUCUAAAUAUAACGCACGAUAUAUUUUCGGCAAAUGACGUAAGAUUAUCUUGUUAUAUGAACCAAUUUUCAUCGACUUCUUACAAAUUUUUGAAUGCAACUUAUUUAGAUCUAUCUGGAAACGAUAUGGUAAAUCUUCAUAAAAAAUCAUUUCUUAAUUUAAAAAAUGUGCAAGAUUUAAUAUUAAGCAAUAACGAAAUGAAGAAUAUUUCUGAUGGUGUUUUAGACAAUUUAACAGAAUUGAAUUCGUUAACGUUGUCUAACAACAGAUUAACCCGGCUGCCUGGAGGAUUAUUUCUUAAUAAUUUCAAUUUGACUAAUAUCACGAUUUAUUCCAACUUAUUAGAAGAAUUACCCAGUGAAAUAUUUUAUCCUUUAAUAAAUCUGAAGUACGUUUCAAUGAAGAAUAACAAAUUAACUACUUUUCCGAAAAAUCUCUUUUCGAAAAAUUUCAAAUUGGUUUAUUUAGAUGCCAGUCAUAAUUUACUACAAAGUAUGGAUUAUACUGUAUUUCCUAAUACGAUAGAUCUUCAAUUUCUUUAUUUAAAUAAUAAUAAACUAAAAGAACUUAAUUUAUCUUUCAUCGAAGAUCCAUUGCAAACAACUUAUGGUGAAUUGUUUAAAUUCAGAAACAUUUCGAAUGAAUUUUUACUGAAAUAUUUGAAAGGUGCAUAUGGUAUGUUAUUAACUGUUGAAAUUGUAAAAAGAAAUCCAUCAGAAUAUUUAGUAAAAACAAAUAAAUUAACUUAUCUAGAUAUCAGUCAUAACCAGAUAUUACAUUUUCCAAAUAAAUUAUUUGAAUCAUCAAAAUUGAUUACAUACAUUAAAAGCGACUUUAAUAAAAACAUGAAGAAUCUAGAAGGAGAGAAUAUAUUAUAUUCUCUUAUAUCUUUGACAAUGGUCGAUUGUAAUAUCGUUAAGAUCAGUGGAAAUUAUUUUAAAAAAUAUGACGACGAAAUCGUUCAAGUUAGAGAAUUGAUACUUAGCAGAAAUAGAAUAAGUAGACUUGAUAUAGAAGUACUUUGGGGUUUUCGUAGAUUGAGAAUUCUUUUAUUGGAUCAUAACGAAUUAACAACAUUGAGUGAUGGAUUUUUUAAAGAUUUAAUAGAAUUAAAACAUCUAGAUUUAUCUUUCAAUAAAUUUUCAACAUUAUCUAUGGAAGUAUUUAAUCUACCAGAGUUAAUACGUUUAAAUCUUCAAUUUAAUAACAUUGAAAAUUUCGAUAAUUCUUCAUUUACAAAAUCAAAUCUAUUUAAUUCUAUACAGAAUUUAAAUUUAUCAAAUAACUGCUUAAAUUCUAGAAGUGCAAAUAAUAUUUUAAAGCUCUGUCAGGAAGAUUUAAAAAUGAUUGAUAUAUCUUAUAAUUCAUUGACAAAUAUACCUUCGUUAACUUCUAAUUUUAUCAUCUAUAACAUAAGAUAUAAUGGCAUACGAACUAUAAGACUACAGAAUUUACAUCAGAAAGUUAUAUCUAAUUAUUCACCUAAAAAAAGCAUUUUGCUUUGUCCUAAUCCUGUUAAGCAGAUAUGUAUUAAUGAAAACUGUGGAUUAAAUUCGGAUAUUAUAAGGAAAUUGAAAGAAGAAAGUCCUAAUCUGAAUGUUGAAAUAUGCGAAGAUAAAACAUGGUCUAUAGAAAAUUAUUAUUUUCGGAAUAUUACUUCUUGCCCUGUCGAUUUAAAGUGUUCAAGAAAUUUUUAUAAAUCAUUAAUGUGCGAAGACGAAAAUAAUUGUACAGAUGAUCAGUUGUCUUACAUAAGAUGUGAAAUUAUAGACAAUUGCCCAUCGUCCUGUACUUGUUAUCAGAGUGUAAUAUUACAGCAAAUAACAGUUAAUUGCAGUAAUUCUAAUUUUACAUCGUUACCUGACGUGAUACCAUACGAAACUAAUAUUCUUUAUUUUCAAAAUAAUAAUCUUAAAUAUUUGGAUUCGCUUAAUUCUUCUAUUUAUUUCAAUUUAAUCGAACUUUAUCUCGAUAAUAAUAGCAUCAGCACUUUAGAUAAUCUUAAACUUCCUCCUAGACUAAAGAAAAUUUCUUUAAGAAAUAAUAAAAUCCGGAUAAUUAGUGAAGAUACACAACGUUUGUUUACUAGGAUAAAGACCUAUUUAGGUGGAAAUAAUUGGAAAUGCGGAUGUUCGACUUUAACUUUUAAAGCAUUCUUAAAUUCGCCUAAUAAAAUUGCAGAUAUCAAUGAUAUAACAUGUGAAUAUGGUCAAGAACCGAUAAUAAAUCUUAGCAAUGAUAUUUUAUGUCCAGAAAAAGUUUUAACUUAUCUUCCUAUCUGGGCUGUUUUUACUAUUGUUUUACUUAUUCUUAUUGGUAUGCUGCUAACAAUUUAUUACAGAAAUAAGCAAGUUGUAUUCGCUUAUAUUUAUACUCAUUUACCUGGUUUAUUCAAAUUACUGUUUAAGGAUAGUGAAGUGGAAGAGGAUAAAUAUUAUGAUGCUUUCAUUAGUUACAGUACUUCUGAUAGAGAUGUUGUUAUGACCCUAAUCGAAGAGUUAGAAGAAAAAGAGCCGAAAUUCUUUCUUUGUAUUCACGAAAGAGAUUGGAUUCCUGGUAAUCCAAUCUGUUCCAAUAUUGCUAAUUCUGUUUCCAGCAGUCGUCGAACCAUAAUCAUUCUGUCCGAGCAAUUUCUCAAUAGCAUUUGGUUUCCAGUAGAACUUCAUAGCGCAUACUAUAAGAUGUUAGAAGACAAAGUCAAUCGUAUUAUUUUCGUUUUGAAGGGUCAUUUACCACCCAUAAGUACUCUGGACAAAGAUUUACAAGUUUUACUAAAAACAAAAACUUAUUUAGUUUGGGGAGAGAGAUGGUUUUGGGAAAAACUACGGUUAGCUCUUCCUCAUAAAAAUCAUCCCGGAAAGAGGACAAAAACAUUGAUUGACGAAGAGGAAUUUUUAUAAAUGUUUUUAAAAUAAAAAAAGUCCAGAUUUAUACAUUUUUAAACAUAUAUUAAACGAUAAAAUCAUGAAGUUUAGUGUUAAACAUCCAACUUUUGAUUGACAUUGAAAAUGAUUUUAUCACCAGAACCAUAUUUUUAGUUAGUUUUAAUUUAAGUUAUUUUAAUUAGCAUUUAGUUAAUUUUUGUUAACUAA